UCCUGAUGGUAUUCAUGUGUUUGGUGCUAAGUGUCUUUUCUACGAUAUCUGAAUUCGAAGAAGUUAGUAGUGCUCUUUUGUUAAAAAUGGAAAUUGUGAUGGUCGUUUGGUUCACUAUGGAAUUCUUCCUAAGACUUUGGUCUGCAGGUUGCAGAUCCAGGUAUCAGGGAUGGAUUGGAAGAUUUAGAUAUUUACGAAGUCCUUUUUGCAUUAUAGAUGUUGUAGUUAUUGUGGCCUCUGUUGUGGUGCUAUCAGUAGGGAGCAGUGGUCAAGUGUUCGCCACAUCAGCCUUAAGGGGUCUACGUUUCUUCCAGAUCCUUCGAAUGGUUCGGAUGGAUCGCAGAGGAGGUACAUGGAAACUCCUCGGAUCAGUGGUCUAUGCGCACAGACAGGAGCUGUUUACAACUCUUUACAUCGGUUUUCUGGGCCUCAUUUUCUCGUCAUUCCUAGUAUUCCUGGCCGAGAAAGAAGCCAAUCCCGAGAAUUUCAGCAAUUUCGCAGACGCCCUCUGGUGGGGUGUGAUCACUUUAUGCACUGUUGGCUAUGGAGACACUGUCCCGAUCACGUGGCCUGGGAAACUGAUUGCGGCCUUUUGCGCCCUUCUUGGUAUUUAUUUUAGGAAANAUUUUAAUGACAUAGGUAUCCUGGGGUCUGGAUUCGCGUUGAAGGUGCAACAGCAACAACGCCAGAAGCACAUGAUCAGGAGGAGAGUUCCUGCUGCCACGCUCAUACAGUGCUUGUGGAGGUGCUACGCUGCCGAUCCAAGCUCCAUGUCAGUCGCAACAUGGAAGAUACAUCAAGUGGUCCUACCAUCACCGCCAUCCGUUCCUACGGGUUCAUUCAACAACACUAAGCGAAAAGAUAGACAAGACAUUGCGCCCUCUGGUGGCAGCCUUUUCAAACACAAUACGUCAUUCGUGACACGACUUUCCACCAUCAGACGUCAUCGCCCUCCUUUCAAUCAUUCUCCAAUGACGAGAAGCAGAUGCGGUGACAUCACUACUUCAUCUGAUAACCUCAGUGGCCGGAUACGACCCAGCGUGUCCGAAGAUUCGGUUUCCAAAGAUUUUUCAGAAACUUCCAAACGAAAUUCUGAUGAAGAAGAAAUUGAAGAACCAAGACUAACAUCACUUACAAAACAACAUAAGAAUGCCAUCAGAGCCUUAAGAAAGAUCAAAUAUUUUGUUGCGAGAAGAAAAUUCAAAGAAGCACUCAAACCAUAUGAUGUCAAAGAUGUUAUAGAACAGUACUCUCAAGGCCAUGUUGAUUUACUUGGCCGAGUCAAAAGUCUACAAUGCCGGUUGGAUCAAAUUCUAGGCAAAGCUGGUUCGAAAGGCAAAGAUGUCUAUGAAUCAAAAGUGAGCUUAGCGUGCCGCAUUGUGAAAGUUGAACGCUCUGUUGAAGAAAUAGAAAGCAAGCUGGAACAGCUGAUAGAAAUGUAUUUGGAAGAUCGCGGCAACUUUGUGCCAAAUUACUUAGGCACACCCCAGUCCAUGUCUUCUCCCAUAUGUUGCACACCACCACCAAACGUCCAGUCAACUCCCGUUCCUGUGCUGUCCGCAGUACCCAAACCACAUCGUUCCAUUCUUCACAUGGAUCAUUCCUCUCCUGAAACCUCUUCACCAAUCUCAAAAGCAUCUCUUUCUAGGAGCAUUCAUAGGGUCCAUUCUGAUGUUAGUCAAAGGGUCAAGAAAAAGGUCACUUUGAGACAUUCCCUAGAUGGAGAUUCUGGUUCCAGAUCCUAUCCUCUCGAAGAAAGCAACCAAGAAUCUUCCUACAGAGAAACAACUUCCCAACCUGCCAGUCGUUUGUUUUUCAGGGAAGAUCAUGUGCCAGAUUCAUCGGCCAUGACCAGUUCAUCCAGUACUAUUCUUACAACCAUAGAACAGAACUCACCAUUUGACGACAAUAAAGACACAUUCAUUUUAGAUGUGCCAGAUAGUGAUGAAGCCUCGGUUGGCUGCGAGCUUUCUUCAAAUUCUUUUUUGCAUCAAACAACCGAGGAUCAUGAGUCGGCAAAUGGUGGUGCUGUUGUUACUUUUGAAUGUGAUCUGAAGCCCUCACAAGCCACAUCAGAUGUCAAAGAAGAAAACUAUGACAGACGAUAAAGCUUGAGCAAACUUGCUUUAAAUUGCGCAGAUUUGUUUGCUCUGAUAUUUGUUAAUAGUUGUAAACAGAUAUUUUAUAAAUAUCUUUAAUUUUGGUAAGAUAUGGUUUUAAGAUAUGAUUUAAAAAAACUUUCUUGUGUUUUUUAUUAUAAGGGCUAAAAGUUAAACAUAAUGUUAUCGUUAAGCUUGAGCGAGAGUUAAUUUGCUUAAAGAUCGCAGAUUUGUUUGCUGGAUCUGUUAUUACAGAUAUUUUAAAAAUAUCUUUAAUUUUGAAUUUUGACUUUCUUUAACAUGAUAUGGUUUUUAAAAAAAAUUUUACAUUUUUGAUUAUGAGUGCCGAAAGCUAAACAAACUCAUAUUGUUAAGCUUGAGAAAGAUUUGUUUGCUCUAAUAUUUGUAGUGGAUCAUAAACAGAUAUUUUAUAAAUAUCUUUAAUUUUGGUAUUAUUUAUUAAAAAAAAGUUUUAAAAAACUUCCUUAAGUUUUUGACUAUGAAUGCUGAAAUCUAUACAUAUUGUUAAUGUUAUAAUGUUCAAUUUAAACGAUAACCCUACACUCUUUCGUUGCCAGUACAAUAUACGUUCUUGUAAAAAUUUCAUAAGUACCACAUUUGGCUGCAAUUUCUUUCUUAGUACCCAAAGGAUUGAUUUCGAAAAAGCUUUAUUUAAAUAAAAAAAAAGGUGCGAAGACUCAAAGUGGUUCCUAGUGGGGUUUUUUUUUUAACAUUUUUACUUUUGCAUCAGACUUAGUUCAUAACACCAUUCAAUUACUUCACAUUAAAUAUGUAAGAACUAUAUUUUUUCUGAUGCUAUCAUACUCUACAUUUAUACGCUUUCUAUGAGUUUUCCAAAUAAUUUUUUUGAACAAUUAUUUAAUACAUUUAUUAACAUUGUUUAGUUGUUAUUUCUAUCUUCGUCUAAAGCUCAUUUUAAAACACCAUUGCCAUAUGCACCUUAUCAAUUACCAGAUAUAUUAAUGAAUUUUAUUCUUUCAUUACUUUAUUGUUUCAUUAUUUAUUUGUUUAUUUAACCAUUUCUGUGUUUGCUAGUAUUUUUAAAUAAAUAAAAGCUUUAUUGGUAACGAAAGGGUUAAGUUUAACUCAUAUCUGUACAUUUUAAACUCUUUGUAUGCUAAUUUAAACUGUAUUAUGUUUUAAAAUUUUAUUUUGAGAAAUCUGA